AUGACUUAUAUCAUGUCUUUGUUUUUAUUUGGUCUAGUGUUAGGGUUGGUUGCGGUUGCUUCUAACCCCUCCCCGUAUUUUGCGGCUUUAGGGUUAGUAGUGGUUGCGGGGAUGGGAUGUGGGGUAUUAGUGGGUCAUGGGGGCCCUUUCCUAUCUUUAAUUCUGUUUUUAAUUUAUUUGGGAGGAAUGUUAGUUGUAUUUGCGUAUUCGGCAGCUUUAGCUGCGGAGCCUUACCCUGAAAGUUGAGGGAGCCGACCGGUUGCAGCUUAUAUGCUGGUGUAUGGAAUUGGUGUGGCUUUAGUGUCUGGUUUAUUCUGGGGUGGAUGGUAUGAAGUUUCUUGAGUACCUGUGGAUGAACUUGGGGAGUUUACUGUGCUUCGGGGAGAUACUGGGGGAGUUGCUCUUAUAUAUUCUUUGGGGGGAGGAAUAUUGGUUGUUAGUGCAUGGGUGUUGCUUUUAACUUUGUUUGUGGUGCUUGAGUUAACGCGUGGGCUGAGUCGGGGUACUCUUCGGGCAGUUUAG